AAGAAUCUACACCCAUUUGACCUUGCCCGACAACUUGUCAUGAUGGCUUGCCGACGCAUCCUUGCGCCUUCUUUCGCUCGAAGAUCGAUGUCUGCCCUUGCUGGGAGCGGUCUUGAUGGGGCGUCAACGGUGUGCUCGCCUUCGCUCGUGGUGUUCGACAAAGAUGGCACGCUCAUUGACUUCAACCUCAUGUGGGGGGGAUGGGUAGAGUCCGUGGCUUGGAAAAUGGAGAUGACAACGCGGCGCCCGGUGCGCGAGAAGUUCUUCGAUGCAAUGGGGUACGACUGGGUUGGUCGUGCGAUUCGUUCGAAAGGCGCGUUGUGCUGCACCCCGAUGGGAGAACUGUACCAAAUCGCGCACAAAGUCAUGGUCGACGAAGGGAUGUCCGUUGGUGACGCCAAUACCGCCCUCGAUAAAGUAUGGCAUUUGCCCGACCCCGUGGAAACGUCACGUCCACUUGGCGACAUCACCGGGCUCUUCCUCACUAUCAAGAAGAUGGGCAUGAAGAUCGCGAUCUGCACCGCCGACAACCGCGACGCCACCGUCCAAACCAUGCACCAUCUUGGUGUAUCUCACUUGGUGGAUGCCCUGUCGUGCGGAGACGACCAGUUGCCGGCGAAACCAGCGGCGGAGCAGGUAUGGACAUUAUGUCACAAACUGGGGGUUGAUCCUCACAACACCAUCAUGGUUGGUGACACGAGCACGGAUAUGCGAAUGGGGUUGAAUGCUGGCUGCGGGCUCUCUGUGGGGAUCCUCGGCGGCGCGUCGUCGCUGGACGACCUCGCCCGUGAAGCCGACGUCCUCAUCCCUUCCCUCACCAAGCUGCCCAAGAUCCUCUUCCAGUACAGCCGACAAAGUGCCGCGGCGGCCUCCACCCAUGCAUCGUCGGCUUCCGCUCACGUCAACAGCGCCUCGUCAUCGUCCCAGCAUCCUCAACACCAAUAAGCUAGGACGUUGCCUCUCGAAGACUACAUGCAGAACACAUUAAAACGAGAUUGUG